GGCCCCGGCCCUAGUUCCGGGCUGGAGCCGCCGACGCGGAGGGGACGGGUUCCUCUUAAAAGAGAAACGGCGGCGGCGCGCGCGAGGCCCUGGUGCCCAUGGCUGCCUCCCCGGCGGACGCAUCUCGCACGCGGCGGGAGAAGCGGCGGCAGCUGGACGCGCGGCGCAGCAAGUGCCGCAUCCGUCUGGGCGGCCACAUGGAGCAGUGGUGCCUCCUCAAAGAGCAGCUGGGCUUCUCCCUGCACUCCCAGCUCGCCAAGUUCCUGCUGGACCGGUACACUUCUUCAGUCUGUGUGCUCUGUGCAGGUCCCGAGCCUUUGCCCCCAAAGGGUUUGCAGUAUCUGGUGCUCCUGUCUCAUGCCCACAGCCGAGAGUGCAGCCUGGUGCCUGGACUGCGGGGGCCUGGGGGCAGAGAUGGGGGGCUUGUGUGGGAGUGCUCAGCAGGCCACACCUUCUCCUGGGGCCCCUCUUCAGGCCCCACACAUCCAGAGGAGCCCAAGCCGGUCCUCCUUCCAAGUACUGCCCCAAGAAGCUGGUGCCCCGAGGCCAGGGGCAGGCAGGAGCCUGCAGGUAUGAAAAGCAAAAUACAGAAUAAGAUGUAUGGUCUGGAAUCUGAACAUGAUGAGAGGACUCAGGAGGCCAGGUUGCCCCGAGGGGUGGGACCCCCACCAGAGACCUUCCUGCCCCCGGGAGAAGAAGAGGGAAAGGAGGAAGAUGAAGAUGAAGAGGAGAUGCUCAGCGAUGCCAGCCCAUGGACCUACAGCUCCUCCCCAGAUGACAGUGAGCCAGAUGCCCCCAGACCACCCCCUUCCCUUGUCACCCAUGAACUCAAGGAGGGGGAGACAUCCCCGGCCCCUGCAGCUCCCCCAGUUCCUUUUGCUGCACCAUCCUCGUCAGCAUCCUCAUUGGGUUAUGGAGCUCCUCUGCCUGCAGAAGUCGGGGUACAGCUGGAGCUCAGCAGGACCCCUCAAGCGGCCCAGCAGACUCAGCCCCUGGCCAGCCCUGGGAGUCAGGCCCAGUCUGCUCUGGCCUCCACCUGGGAUGAGGACACUGUACAGAUCGGCCCCAAGAGAAUUAGGAAAGCUGCCAAAAGAGAGCUGCUGCCAUGUGACUUCCCUGGCUGUGGAAGGAUCUUCUCCAACCGGCAGUAUUUGAAUCACCACAAGAAGUACCAGCACAUCCACCAAAAGUCCUUCUCCUGCCCAGAGCCAGCUUGUGGGAAGUCCUUCAACUUUAAGAAACACCUGAAGGAGCACGUGAAGCUGCACAGUGAUACUCGGGACUACAUCUGUGAGUUCUGCGCCCGAUCUUUCCGCACCAGCAGCAACCUCAUCAUCCACCGGCGCAUCCACACUGGAGAGAAACCCCUGCAGUGUGAGAUCUGCGGGUUCACCUGCCGCCAGAAGGCCUCCCUGAACUGGCACCGGCGCAAGCAUGCAGAGACAGCAGCUACUCUGCGCUUCCCCUGUGAGUUCUGUGGCAAGUGCUUUGAGAAGCCAGACAGUGUCGCAGCUCACUGCAGCAAAAGCCACCCGGCCCUGCACCCCGCCCCACAAGAGUCACCUGGCCUACUGGAGCCCUGUCCUAGCAUCUCUGCCCCUGCACCCCUGGGGUCUGGUGAUGGGUCCAGGCUCUCUCCAGUUCCUCAGGCUCCAACCCUGCUCCCUCAGCAUUGAGCAUUCUCUAGGCUUUGGGAGCCAGACCCCAGGGACUGAAAAGGAGCAAGGAGGGAAAGAGCCAGAUGCCUGGUCCCUAGAAACUAGUGUUAUGGAGAGUGCAGGGUGGGAGCAAGACUGGGCUCUAGGGCAGCCAGGCUACUUUAGUCUAGGAUUCCUAAAGGACAGAAUAAACCCAGUAUUUUACACAGACACGUGUGGGCAGAGUGAGUGUUUUGGCGCCUGAUUUCUUUGGAAGCAGGCUCUGCUAGAAUGUGUCUGAGUGCACCAUAGGUGUGGGCCCUGUUCCUCUCUCUGUAGGCCCCCAUCUACCCCCACCCUGAGGACCCAGCUUUCUUUACCAAUUUGUGUUGGCACUUUGCAACCCUUUCCUGUGGAAUAUCACCCACCCUUGCAGUCAAGCAGGGCAGGCUGUGACAGUAUGCAAAACGCUGGGUCAUUCUAGAGAUAUGGGCUGGAGCAGGAAAAGAGGUAUGUGAUUCUGGGCCACAUCUGUACUCUCCAUUAACCAAGAGAACCAAAUGUAUAGGCCCCUGAAUAGUCGUGCCUUCCAGUGCAAAAUCGAGGGAGCUAUACAUGCAAGAUGGCUGAGCUACCUUGGGAAGCGAUGAGACCUUGGAACUUUGAAAGGGCCUGGGUCUUGGAUCACUCCUGAAGU